AUGUUGCUUCCUGCCAUGGCUAUUGUUAGGGUCCGUGCCCACACAGUCUGCAGGGCGGGUUUCUUCCGAUCGGUGCUGCAGACCCCUGCCUGCAGUAAAUGUCCUCCUCACAGCUUCACCAGAGUCCAGGGUUCCGUAGCCUGUACCUGUGAGGAGGGAUACUACAGGAGAGACAGUGACCCGCCCAACAUGGCCUGUACACGACCGCCUUCUGCUCCUCGUAAUGCCAUUUCCAACGUAAACGAGACGUCGGUCUUCCUGGAAUGGGCGGUUCCCGAGGAGACUGGCGGCAGGAAGGAUGUCAGCUAUAACAUCCUGUGUCGUAAGAUCAGCGUUGACAGCAGACACUAUGAGGAGUGUGACAGCACGGUGCGGUUCCUGCCCCAACGCAACAGUCUCAGGAACAACUCUGUGAUGGUGGCAGACCUUCUGGCUCACACUAACUACACGUUCGAGGUGGAGGCCGUCAACGGAGUGUCUGAGCUCAUCAACCCCGGACGACAGUUUGUCUCUCUCAACGUCACCACCAACCAGGCAGCCCCGUCUCCUGUGAGUGUGGUGAGGAAAGGGAAUUCUGGGAAGAACAGCAUCUCUGUGUUGUGGCAGGAGCCAGACAGACCCAAUGGGAUAAUCCUGGAGUACGAGAUCAAAUACUUUGAGAAGGACCAGGAAACCAGCUACACCAUCAUCAAGUGCAAGGAAACAGAACUUCUCGCUGACGGGCUGAAGCCAUCGUCAGUCUACAUAUUCCAGAUCAGAGCCAGGACAUCAGCCGGGUACGGAGGAUUCAGCCGGCGCUUCGAGUUUAAGACCAGCCCCUACUUCUGCUCUACCCCAACAGUAGCUGCAUCCAGUGACCGGUCUCAGGUCCCCAUCGUCGCUGUAGCCAUCACUGUAGGGGUUAUACUACUGGCCCUGGUGACUGGCUUACUGCUUAGUGGAAGGCGGUGUGGCUACAGCAAGGCCAAGCAGGAACCUGAUGAAGAGAAGAUACACUUCCACAACGGCCACAUUAUGUACCCGGGGGUGCGUACAUAUAUCGAUCCCCACACCUACGAGGACCCCAACCAGGCCGUCCAUGAGUUCGCCAAGGAGAUCGAUGUUUCCUGCAUCACAAUUGAGAGAGUCAUUGGAGCUGGUGAGUUUGGGGAGGUGUGCAGCGGCCCCCUCCGCCUGCCUGGUAAGAAGGAGUUCCCAGUAGCCAUUAAGACCCUGAAGGCAGGUUACACAGAACGACAAAGGCGGGACUUCCUAGGGGAGGCGUCCAUCAUGGGACAGUUUGAUCAUCCAAACAUCAUCCACCUGGAAGGCGUGGUCACCAAGACAAAACCUGUGAUGAUCAUCACGGAGUACAUGGAGAACGGAUCACUGGACACCUUCCUCAAGAAGAACGAUGGCCAGUUCACAGUGAUCCAGCUGGUUGGGAUGCUGCGUGGUAUGGCCUCAGGCAUGCGCUACCUGUCAGACAUUGGAUACGUGCACCGGGACCUGGCAGCACGUAACAUCCUGGUCAACAGCAACCUGGUGUGUAAGGUGUCUGACUUUGGCCUGUCCAGAGUCCUGGAGGAUGAUGCUGAGGCUGCAUAUACGACCAGGGGCGGUAAAAUCCCGAUCCGCUGGACAGCUCCAGAAGCAAUAGCGUUUAGGAAGUUCACCUCCGCCUCUGACGUGUGGAGCUACGGCAUCGCCAUGUGGGAAGUGAUGUCAUACGGAGAGAGACCCUACUGGGAGAUGAGUAACCAGGAUGUUAUUAAGGCAGUUGAGGAGAGCUACCGUCUCCCUGGCCCUAUGGACUGUCCUGUAGUUCUGUACCACCUGAUGAUGGCCUGCUGGCAGAAGGACAGGAACAGCAGACCCAAGUUUGAGGAGAUCGUCUGUCUGCUAGACAAACUGAUACGCAACCCCAGCAGUCUCAAAGCCCUGGUCAACUCAUCACACAGGGUGUCUAAUCUAGUGGAGCCUGGCAGCCUGAGGGAGGCCAGUGGGUACCAGUCUAUAGAGGAGUGGCUGAAUGGGAUUAAGAUGGGUCGCUACGUGGAGCUUUUCAUGGACAGUGGAUACACCUCAGUGGAAGUGGUCUCCCACAUGACCGUGGAUGAUCUGAGGAGGGUUGGAGUGAACCUGGCUGGACAUCAGAAGAAGAUAAUCAACAGCAUCCAGGAGAUGAGAGUCAGCCUGGUGAAUAAUACUAUACCCAUCUGA